UCCAGGAGGUCUUCAGCGCACUCCUCCUUGCCUGCGCGUGAAGAGUUUCGACCGACACUUGACAGAUGUCUCCGUCGACGUCUCCGCGGUUCUUUUCGGGGAAGGAAGUGGCCCGCCACUGCACCAAGGACUCCUGCUGGGUGCUGCUCGGGUCCAGGGUGUACGAUGUGACCGGGUUCCUCAGAAUGCACCCGGGCGGGGAGGCGCUGAUUCUGCGCCGCUCGGGGAGCGACAUAGUCCGGGAGAUGGAGGGACCCCCGCACCGGCACUCGGAGAACGCGCGGCGAUGGAUGGAGCAGUACUACAUCGGCGAGCUGGACCGGGACAACAGCAGCGGUGAUGAAGCGCAGGUACGACCCUCCAGCAGGAAACGGAAAUGACGGGUUGCAAGGUGCAAGGAGAGGGAAAAAGAGGAGGACAUCUCACCGUACAGCCGCUGCAGCACUGUGGACCUGGACAAGGACCUGGUAGACUGGCGCAGGCCCUUGGCGUGGCAGGUCGGCUACCUGGGAGAGAAAUACGACACAUGGGUCCACCAGCCAGUUGACAGGCCAAUUCGACUGUUUGGAAACCCCUUCCUGGAGGCCAGCACGAAGACGUCAUGGUACUGGGUGCCGGUGGUAUGGCUCCCUCUUGUGAUUUAUCUUAGUUGGCACUGCUACACUACGCUGGCACGGGGAACCACCAGGCUGGCCCUCACUUCAGACUAUUCCAUCCUGAUCCACAAGUACAGUUUCCCCCUGCUCUUUGUGAUGGGUUGGUUUCUCUGGUCAUUCGUCGAGUACUGCAUCCAUCGCUUCGUCUUUCACAUGAAACCGCCGGCCUAUAAUUACUACCUCAUCACCUUACACUUCCUCUUACACGGACAGCAUCACAAGUGUCCUUUUGAUGGCUCUCGACUGGUGUUCCCACCUGGCCUGGCCUCCAUAAUGGUGGGUGCUUUUUACCUUUUUCUCAGCCGUUUGCUCCCAGAGGUCCUUGGGAUGUCGGUGUUUGUAGGGGGCCUGUGUGGCUACGUGGUGUAUGACAUGAUCCAUUACUACCUUCACUAUGGUUCACCGAAGAGAGGCUCCUACAUGUACGGGCUGAAGGCCUACCAUGUCAAACACCACUUUGAGCACCAGAGAGCAGGUUUUGGAAUCACCACCACGUUCUGGGACCAUCCUUUCAACACGGUCAUCCCUGAUGAGACAUUCUAG